AGAUAUAAUCAGUUUUGGAUCUUAUCCAUUUCAAAUUUUAAUAGCAAGGUCCCCGACCGAUUGAUUGGAUUGCAUUCGCUCCCGACCCCAUACUGUUCCUCUUCAUCUUCAAAUCCAGUUUCCAUGGCAAGUCUAAGCUUCCAUUCCGGCAAGAUCAGGCAUCCCUCCCUCCACUCCUUCAAUUUCCCAUCCCACUCAUUUCCAUCCUCACUGAAAACAAGCCCACUCAAAACCAACUUCAAGAACUUGCACUUUCUUUCCUCUCCCGCAUCUCAAACAUCCAUCUCCUCACCCAUGGAGUCCGCCGAUGAAGAAGACGAUCCCACUGCGGAUUUGAGCUAUCUCGACCCGGAAAUCAAUCCCGGGACCAUUACCCAGUGGGAAAUGGACUUCUGCUCAAGACCCAUUCUUGAUAUCCGGGGGAAGAAGCUGUGGGAGCUCGUUGUUUGUGACCCUUCCCUCUCUUUGCAGUACACCAAGUAUUUCCCCAAUAAUGUCAUCAAUAGUGUUACUCUCAAGGAAUCCAUACUUUCCAUCUGUGAUGAUUUGGGUGUUCCUUUGCCCGAUAAAAUUCGAUUCUUUCGUUCACAAAUGCAGACUAUCAUCUCAAGAGCUUGCAAUGAGCUUGACUUAAGACCUGUCCCUAGCAAGCGGUGCUUCGCUUUGAUUCUAUGGCUUGAAGAACGGUUUAAAAGGGUUUACACUCGCCAUCCUGGUUAUAAAGAAGGGUCUAAACCACUGUUUUCUAUAGAUAACCCAUUCCCAAUGCAGCUCCCAGAGAACUUGUAUGGAGAAAAAUGGGCUUUUGUCCAGUUGCCCUUCUCAGCUGUCAAAGAAAAGGCUUCAUCUCUGCAGGCAAGGCCGUAUAUGUUUGGUGCGAGUUUAGAUUUGGAUCUUUUGGGGAUUGAAAUCAGUGAUGAGACUUUAGUUCCAGGACUAGCUGUUGCAUCUUCGCGCGCAACUCCAUUAGCAGCUUGGAUGAAUGGCUUGGAGAUGUGUUCAAUAGAAGUUGACAUUGGUCGGGGUUGCUUGGUUUUGGCUGUUGGGAUUUCAACUCGCUACGUUUACGCGACCUACAAGAAGACCCGAAAAGCGAGAGAUGAAGGGGAAGCAUGGGAAGCUUCGAAGAAGGCCUGCGGAGGUUUACAUUUUCUUGCCAUUCAAGAUGAGCUAGAUUCAGAUGGUUGUGUUGGGUUCUGGCUCUUAUUUGACUUGCCACCACCUCCUGUCUAGGCGCCCAUCAUCAUGCCAAGAUUGAGUGACAACUCAAUUUGUUUUGUAACUCAGAAAGUAUGAAACUCUCCCAGUUGCAAUUAAACUUAUAGUUAGAAAAAAUGAGUGUUUUUCUAGUUUGGGUGGAUUUUAAUGGUCAUAGCAACUAAACGUUCAAUCAAAAUAAAUGUUUUUGUCAGAC